ACCAUUAGCAGCGCAGGUCCUCCUCUGGCAGGGAGAGGCUUGUGCGCGCUGCUCUGGAUACAAAGCAGCCACGCUCUGGCUCCUUCCUCCUGCAUCCCGCUGGCCUCCUCCUCCUCCUCUUCCUCCUCCUCCCUGCUUGCUCGCUCCCUCCCUCUCUCCCUCUCUUUCUUUCCCCGACCGCCACGCUGCAGAAGGCAGAGCUGCGAGCCGGAGCCGCACGGAGGCGAGGCAGGAGCGGCGAGCUCACCGAGGAUGUUCCUUUGCCAGUGAAACACGGGCAGGGAUGCGAUGAAGCAGCGUCGUGGUUGCUGCCUGGAUUAAGAAAGAAAACAUUUUUUUUUAAAAAAAGAAACACACAAAACAAAACAACAAAGCCACCACAAAGCCGGACGCAACAAACCAGGAGAAAAGGGAGGAGAGGAGGAGGCGGAGGUUGCCGGGGGAGCCGCUUUGAAUCGUGCCUCUGUUCCCAGGGAUUAAAGCAUGAAUGGGAGCAGCUUCCCGGCCGCGAUGGAGAGAGAAGGCGGCUCCGGCUGUGCGAAUCAGGUUCCCUUCCACAUGAGUCCCUGAGGUUCCUGCUGGCAGCUCCAGCAGUGCCCUGCAGAGGUUCCCUCCUGCUCCUGGGCUCAGCAGCCGAGGCCCCUCCAAACCUGCUUCUGCAAUGGGUGGGUUGUGAGCACUGGUAAUGAGGAGCUGUGGGCCCAGUCAGUCUUGGAGAUGCCGAAGAGACGAGACAUCCUGGCUAUCGUGCUGAUAGUUCUGCCCUGGACACUCCUAAUCACCGUCUGGCACCAGAGCACCAUUGCUCCACUGCUUGCAGUGCACAAGGAUGAUGGUGGUGACUCCCAGCGUGAUCUCGCUGCAGGCUUGGACUCCAAGGAAUACUGCCUGUCGGACCGGGACAUUGUGGAGGUGGUGAGGACAGAGUACGUUUACACGCGCCCGCCCCCGUGGUCGGACACGCUGCCCACCAUCCACGUGGUCACCCCAACCUACAGCCGCCCGGUGCAGAAGGCAGAGCUGACCAGGCUGGCCAACACCCUCCUGCACGUGCCCAACCUGCACUGGAUCCUGGUGGAGGAUUCCCAGCGCCGCACGCCGCUCAUCACGCGCCUGCUGCGGGACACGGGGCUCAACUACACCCACCUGAACGUGGAGACGCCCCGCAACUACAAACUGCGCGGGGACAUGAGGGACCCCCGCAUCCCCCGCGGCACCAUGCAGAGGAACCUGGCCCUCAGGUGGCUGAGAGAGACCUUUAACAAAAACAACAGCCAGCCCGGGAUUGUUUACUUUGCUGAUGAUGAUAACACCUACAGCCUGGAGCUCUUCGAGGAGAUGCGCAGCACCAGGAAGGUGUCGGUGUGGCCCGUGGCCUUCGUGGGCGGCCUGCGCUACGAGUCGCCCAAGGUGAACGCGGCGGGGAAGGUGUACGGCUGGAAAACCGUCUUCGACCCGCACCGCCCCUUCGCCAUCGACAUGGCCGGCUUCGCCGUCAACCUCAGGCUCAUCCUGCAGCGCUCCCAGGCCUACUUCAAACUGCGCGGGGUCAAGGGCGGCUACCAGGAGAGCAGCCUGCUGCGAGAGCUGGUCACCCUCAACGACCUCGAGCCCAAGGCUGCCAACUGCACUAAGAUUUUAGUCUGGCACACGAGGACAGAGAAGCCCGUGCUGGUGAACGAGGGCAAGAAAGGAUUCACAGAUCCCAAUGUGGAAAUCUGACUGUGCAUGGCUGAACGGAGACCAACACCAGAAGAUUUCCUCCCGCACAGCCCGCGAGGUUCCUCCGCACAGCAUCCACCCUGCCAGCCAGGCGGGAGCCGGGACCUCUGCCCGCUCCCACGAGUUUUAGCCUCCUGAAAACGAACCGACACCGCAUACACGAACCGCCCGGACCCCCCCUGCCCUUCCUGCCGCGCUCGGAGCACCGGCAGACGCUCCGGAGGUGGAGAAUAAAGCACAGAAAGCCGGGACUGCUGAGGCUCCGCGUGGGAUGCGGCCGCAGCGAGCGGAGAGCCGCCGGGCACCGGCUCUGCUGAGAAACACCGACCUCGUGGCCAUGUGUGCGCCAGCCCGAGCAGCCCUCUGGCCCUGGAGGGGACAGCUGCCUUCCGAGAUGGCACCCAAGCCCUUAAUUUUAAACCGAAUCGGUGUUCGCUACGCUGCACAAGAUGGGAUGGGUUUGGGGCGAGGGGGAGAAGCAAGGCAGGUUAGAACAAACCCUUCAAGCAUCGCUGUUCUCUGAUGUCCCUCCCCUUUUCCUGCCCCGGUUUCACACUUUGGGGGGCACCCUGAUGUUCUUCUGUGGUCGUGGAAAGGUUGGGGGUGGAAGGGAAUUUAAAGGUCCUCUAGAGUCCAACCCCUUGCCAUGGGGCAGGGACACCUUCAGCUGGAGCAGGUUGCUCCUGGCCUUGAAUAUUCCCAGGGAUGGGGCAUCCCCCACCUCUCUGGGCAACCUGUGCCGGUGUGACACCACCCUCAUUGUAAAAAUUGUCCUUGUAUCUCAUAUAUCCUCUUUAGUUGAAAAGCACCAACCCCUGCCCUAUCCCUGCUAAAAGGUUUGUCCCCAUUUCUCUCACGAGAGCCCAGAGUGGGAUGGAGGGACAGGAUCAGGGAGCUGCUGAUCACCACCGGUUCACCCCCGAUCCUGGAUGGAGUCAUGUCUCCAGCAUGUGGUUCUCUAAAAACGCUAGAAUAGCUGGAAGUGGGGUUUAAUGAGAUUGUUGGGGCCGUACACCGUAACAUUCAUCCAGAUCUUGGUCCUGUUUAGCCCUGAUUUGGUGAGCAUUAGGUGUGGGAUUCUCUGAAGGGUGCUCCUAUGUAAAGGCAAAUUUCCACUCUUAAAAUCUAAAACUGCUUCAAACUAGGGAUUGGACGCUAAGAGGUGAUUUCAGUGCAUUUCCCAUUUGACUGGAGUGUAUCCUUCAGCCCCAGCCCCUUUUUCUGCUGCUGCAGAGCUGGUGUCUAAAGCCACCCUGGAGCAGUUCCCAGCCCCCUUGGAUGGAGAGAGCAGCACCCUCGGGAAGGGGAUCCUGGGCUCAGGGCUCUGUUUAUUCAGCAUCUGGUGGUGCUGCCACCCUGGGUGAUUCUGAGACUGCCAAACCUGCUGAGAUACAAACUGAGGUACCACAGGCCCCCUCUCCCCUAAAUUCCCUCCCCCUCCAUAACUGUUGUCAAACCUUUGAUCACCCCCCCGCCGCUGUCCCAAUUCCUUCAAAAAUUUUGAAGCACAAUUUUACCUUUGAACUGAAGGGAAAAAAAAAAAAUGUAAUCCUGCAAUAGACUUGGUUAUUUUUAGCCCUAACACACAGAACUAUUAAAAUGCUCUGGGUUUGAUUGUUGGCUUCACGGUGCAGAAGUCUCCCCUCGGACUAAUGACAUCGUGUAUUUCCUGAUAUUUCAAAAGGAAAAUAUUUUUUGUAAGUUAAUUUUCUCCCACUGUAUAUCAGAACCGCUGGGGAAAAGUCAGAGUCUUUAGCUCCCAGCCACAGAAGCCUUUACAAAAAUGUUCCUUUUAGAUGCAAUGGCUGAAGCACUACUUGGAAAGAAAGUGUUGGAUGCUGCUGGCUGCUCUAUGGGAACAGGUAUUGUUACCUUGGAUUAAAACUCUGCACUCAAGUAGAUUUAUUCUGUUAUUGUACUGGCCUUCCAAGUUCCCUUCAGUCUGCAAAGCCCACAGCGGAAAGAGACAUUUUUCCAAGGACUACCGAGUUCUCAUAGCAUUGAAAUAGUUUCCAACUGAUGUCCUCUCCGAGCUGCAUGUUUUGGUUCACUAAUCUGAAUUCCAGUCCCUGCUGGGUUCCAACCUUCCCUCCUUGGAAGGAAAUAACUUUCAGAAAAACGCAAAGGACCGAGUCUGAACACAGCCCUGCACAUUUGCUCUGGCCACAGGAGCCUGGGUCCCUUCAGUGCCCCAGAGCUGCUGCGGCCCUGGGGAGCAGAGAUAGGCGUGACCAGACCUGGCCAGGAUGGAGUGUGUUCCAGCUGCACUGUCUGUUCUCACUUUUAAACCAACUGUAUUUAAAUUUGUUAAAUAAAAACGAUGGUUUCUAAGAGCCAGAAUAGCCUG